AUGCAAAUCAAGACAUUCGCCCUUUCAGCCGCAAUCGCCCAAGUUGCUACUCUUGCCUUAGCCGACACCUCCUCCAAUUACUGGCAAUCGUUCACUUCUCAAAUUAAUCCCAAGAACAUCUCCAUUCCCUCCAUUGAGCAAACCUCAUCCAUUGACCCCACUCAAGAGUGCACCUACUAUAGCCCUGAUGCCUCAUUGUUUUCGUUCAACGCUUCUGAAUGGCCCUCUAUCUGGGAAGUAGCCACCACCAAUGGCAUGAAUGAGUCUGCCGAGUUCCUCAGUGUGUACAACUCGAUUGACUGGACCAAGGCACCCAACAUUUCUGUCCGUACUCUCAACGCCCAAGGCAAUCUGGAUACCACUGGUUAUGACACUGCUACUGACCCUGAUUGUUGGUGGACAGCCACCACGUGUACCUCUCCCAAGAUUGCUGAUAUCAAUGAUGAUAUCUCAAGAUGUCCUGAACCCGAGACCUGGGGUUUGACCUACGAUGAUGGACCCAACUGUUCUCACAACGCCUUUUAUGAUUACCUUCAAGAGCAGAAAUUGAAGGCCUCCAUGUUUUAUAUCGGUUCCAAUGUUGUUGACUGGCCAUACGGUGCUAUGCGCGGUGUUGUUGAUGGUCAUCAUAUUGCAUCCCACACAUGGUCUCACCCCCAAAUGACUACCAAGACCAACCAAGAGGUCCUUACUGAAUUCUACUAUACUCAAAAGGCCAUUAAGCUCGCUACUGGUUUGACCCCUCGUUACUGGCGUCCUCCUUAUGGUGAUAUCGAUGAUCGUGUUCGUUGGAUUGCCUCUCAAUUGGGUUUAACUGCUGUUAUUUGGAAUCUCGAUACUGAUGAUUGGUCUGCUGGUGUUACUACUACUGUUGCAGCUGUUGAACAAAGUUAUUCCGAUUAUAUUGCUAUGGGUACCAACGGUACUUUUGCCAACAGUGGUAACAUUGUCUUGACCCAUGAAAUUAACAACACAACUAUGAGCAUGGCUGUUGAGAACUUGCCCAAGAUCAUCUCUGCUUACAAGCAAGUCAUUGAUGUCGCUACCUGUUACAACAUUUCUCAUCCUUACUUUGAAGACUAUGAAUGGACCAAUGUCUUGAACGGCACCAAUGCUGCUUCUUCUGCCAGUGGACCUGCUGCCAGUGGAGCUGCUGCUACCGCUUCUAGAGGAGCUAUCACUCCUGCUGCUCAAGUCAACGCUUCUACCAGCGGCGCCAUGUCUGUUCUCCCCAACCUUGCCAUGAUUUCUGCCUUCAUUGCCACCUUGUUAUUUUAA